UCCAAUUUGGGAAUUUUACUAAGACCAUAUAAACAAAUUGAACAAACACUUGAUUAUAUAAGACCUCAUCACGCAAUCUGUAUCGCAUGAACUGCGACCCCUGCUUUAGAGGCGCACUUUGUCUCCUAUCCUGUCCCAACUUUUGUUGUGAGGGAAACUGGUUUAACGUCGGAUUAAAACUGCGCGUCAAAAUAAAAAAACUGCAAACCGGCAAAAUGCCAUAGACUUUUCACCGACAAAAGGGAAUUGUGUUUCAUUUUGCUGACUUUUGGAUAAUUUAAAUUAAAACUAACGUAACAGAUGACGGAACCAUCAGAGCCAUGGAGUCGCAAAGAAAAAUUUACGGACUUCCUAAAACUGAUAACUGUGGAACCCACAAUGAUCUUGUACAUGAUGGCAUUCAUGACGACCACGGUGGUGGAACAAGCCUUUUUCGUCUACAAAGCUUGUACAGUUGACCACAACCUGAACAAAACAGUCUGCGACAACAUAUCCGAUGAAAAGUAUUCCGAUAUCAACAAAGAAGUCCAGAUUACAGUCUCCACAUUCCAUUUAUGGAACGAUGUUGGUGGACACGUUGGCCAAAUUAUCCUAGCCUUCUUUAUGGGUGCAUGGUCAGACAAAAGGGGCAGGAAGAUCACCCUCCUCCUGGGUCUCAUAGGAAAAUUGUACUAUUCCUUCAUGGUCGUCAUUAACGCCUUACAACCCACUUGGCCAUUGAUGUACGUGGUGUACACUGCAACAAUACCUAUGGCUUUUACAGGGGCCGAUGUGGCCAUUUUUUCAGCCGCCUUUUCCUACAUAGCCGACAUUUCCAAUCAGGAAAGUAGGACCAUGCGGGUUACUAUAUUGGAAGUGUGCUACCUAGCCACUAUGCCCACUGGUAUCGCCCUUGGUUCGUAUUUAUUCAGGAAAGUGGUGAACCAGUCGUACAGUAUUAUGUUCACUAUUAACUGCACCCUACUGGUGCUAGCGAUUUUUUACUCCUUAAUAAGACUGAAAUGGAGGACAAACCCUAGACAGCGCCCACUUAGGGAGGCCUCCAAUAUCUUCCUAGAUUUCUUUGACUACAACCACGUGAUUAAAACCGCCCGCACUCUAUAUAAAAAACGCCCAAAGAAUCGUCGACGGUAUCUUAUAAUGCUGAUAAUCAUGAUGGCGUUUUACACAUUCCAAAGAGACGAAAAGAACAUCAUGUAUCUUUACGUCAAAUUUGUUUUCAAAUGGGACUAUGUAAAGAAAUUCAGCGACUUCAAGAUAUUCCAAUCAGCAUUACAAGAUCUGUUCCUGUUGCUCAUGGUUCCAUUGCUCAGCAGGGUUUUAGGUUGGAGGGACACUUUCAUUGUUAUGAUUGGGGCGUUGUCUCAUUCAGCUGCCAGGUUAUUUUAUGCUACUGCCGACUCGGAUUUAUAUUUUUAUAUUGGAGGAGUUUUUGCAGCAUUCGGACCGAUUGUUGCUCCUGUUCUUAGAUCCAUGGUUUCUAAAAUGGUAUCUAAUACGGAAAAAGGAAAGGCGUUCUCCGUAUUAUCAGUCGCAGAUAAUGCAAUACCUAUCGUAUCAGGAACAUUGUAUAGUUUGUUGUACAAUCAUACUCUUCAUGAUCACCCAAAUGCGUUCUUCUUUUUAACAAUAGCAACACAGAUGAGUGUAUUUAUAAUGAUUAUUUAUAUCCAUUUCAACACAAAAGAUGAAGAUUUAAUACAUGAAACAGAAGAAUUAGCUAGAUCUUCUAUAGAAAAUGAACAAGAAGCAAGUCAACAAACUUGACCGUAUUAUUGUGAUUUACAAACAAGUUUUCAUAAUUUUGACUUAUCAUAAAGUACAUUGUUAAAGAAAAAACUUUUAUUAGUAACGAAAAUAUAUUGUCAAUAAACCCUUAAAAUUAAAAUA